AUGGAGGCGCGGGGGCACAUGGAGGCGCGGGGGCGGGGGCACAUGGAGGCGCGGGGGCGGGGGAAUGGUUUCAGGGGAAAUGUAUUCGUUCGCAGGACUAAGACGUUGUACAAGGUGCGCUGGCUGAACUACCAGGCUAACUGCGACACAUGGGAGCCAUACGACAACCUGCUCUCCUGCAAGGACCUCGUGCACGACUACCUCACAGAGAGGAAGCGCCUGAAGGAGGAGAAGAUGAAGAGGGAGAGGGAGCAGCGUGACCAGCAACCGACAGUGAGCGGCGAACCGCAGGUCAAGGACACCUUCUGGAACGACCUUGAGGCGGGCAAAAUCAACGUCUUCGAGAGCGACCUCUACACAAAGGUCAAAGGUCGCUGCAAGAAGCCGGCCUCCUACAACGAGGACUCGAUAUUCAGCACGAUCUUCAGCUCGCCGGAGAAGCAGAGGGAGAGGAAGGGGUCGGACGAGGUCGAAGGUCAGGGGAAGAGGAAGGGGUCAAGGUCGGACGAGGUCGAAGGUCAGGGGAAGAAAAAGAGGUCGGAUGAGGUCGAAGGUCAGGGGAAGAGUAAAAGGUCGAGGUCGGACGAGGUCGAAGGUCAGGGGAAGAAGAAGGGGUCGAGGUCGGACGAGGUCGAAGGUCAGGGGAAGAGUAAGGGGUCAAGGUCGGACGAGGUCGAAGGUCGCAAGAAGCAGCAGAAGCAGCGACGGCGGAGUCACGAAGAGACGGAGGCGGCGGCGGCUGCUGCUGCGAGUAACGACCUCACGUGCGGUGGCGCCGGCGACAAGUCGAAGUACGCUCGCGCAGUACAGCGUGAGCCAGCCAGGCGAGCUUGUCCCCUUGAGAUUGUCCUUGACCUCCGACGACCCCUGCAGCGACGCCAGCAGCCCGCGCGGCGGCGCCACCAGUCCCCGCGUCACGACGCCCGACGGGGCGCCGGGGCGACGUAUCUCGGCUGGACUCCCGUGCCGAGUCCGAGUCCGACGGGUAACAGUCCUGAAUGCGACGACGUCUUCACGCUAGAUGGGCGCCGGUGGGAGAGCGCGCCGCACGCGAUAGAUGGCGCCACUGGCUCGAUAUCGCGCGACGGCGACCGUAAGGACGAGACAGAGGGCGCCACGUCGCGCGAGGACGAUCUUCGCGCAAAACACAAGAGUAGGUCAAGUGAAAAGCGAGGCCGCAGGCAAAAGUCGCGCAGCAAAAAACACAAGAGCAGCUCUGAGUUGGGGCGCGAGGGUGCGUCGACGGCCAAGGACAAUUCCGUAGAUGUGUCGCGAGAUAAACACAAGCACGUCUCUGCGCGGAAGGACAAGAGCGCUGACGUCGCGAUGCACGUCCACAAACACAAGGCCAUCUCUCAACGUCCAGAAAAACACAAAGGCAUCUCUAAACACAAAGACAAACGCAAGGACGUCGCUGCGCACGACGAGAAACACAAGUGCAUCUCUGCGCGCGCAGACGAACAGAAGAGCAGCUCUCCCAUCGGCGAAACUCGCUGCCACGUACCGUCGACUGACGCCGGCGCCACCUGUGAUAGCAACGUGUCGGCGGUCGGUCGCCAUGACGACGACGACAGUGGAGGAGGGAGAAAAGAGACUCAGCUCUCUAGUCUGCUGGAUAAAGCUGCAGGCACGGGGAAGGAGGCAGGGUUCGAGCUGGAUCUCGAGACAGAGGAGGCGAAUCGCACGUGGACGGAACAAGUGAACGGCAGCGACACGGACGACGAGGCCGACCGACGGAUCGGAAGCGGAGAGUUUCGUCAGGCUGUGAAGGACGGCGACUACCGGACGGUGCGUCGCGCGGCGAGGUACAGCGAGCUUGAGCUGGCGGGGAGCGACGCGUCCGGCAUGUCCCUCCUCAUGGUCACCGCCAUCUCAGCGCCCCCUGUUGGUGUGUCGGGCCACGUUGCUGUGGCAGCCGUGCUACUGACUGCUGGAGCCCACGCCAACACCAAGUCCCUCAACGGCGAGACGGCCCUACUGAAGGCGUGUAGGAAGGGACACCGUCACGUGGUGAGGCUGCUAGCGGACCACGGCGCGGACUUCGGAGAGACUUCCACGACCGGUCACUCGGCGCUGCAGCUCGCGUGCAUGUACGGACACCACGGCUGCGCGUCCCUGGUGGAGGGACACAGGGAACGGAUCAAGCGAGUGUUCGAGGCGCAGGUUGGGCCGACGUUGAACAACACUGCAGUGCUGCUGCAGCAGCUGUUCCCCGUGAGAUGUGUCUCCCUCGACGAACGAUCGGAGAUCAGCAUAGCCUUCGACUACAGGCUGCCGGACGACGUACCGCCCCCUGGUAUUGGUUCACUACUGUUCAUUGCUCACGCGGCGGUGUUGCCCCACAGGAGGUGA